AUGACGAAAUGGUCACACGAUGCUGUUAAGUAUGAUGAGCCGAAAAGGCCGUUGAUUGAUAUAUGGGCGGAACCGAAUAGGUACCGCAAGCAUGCCGAUGUACUCGUUGCUCCAGAAUUCCUGGACACUUUCCUGGUUUUACUCAAACGGCACGGCGUAAGUGAUGUGCAAAUCAUCAAAAAAGACAUA